AUGUCGGACGUUCAGAAGAAGCUCCAGGAGCUGUCGGAGAGCUACCAGAGCCUGCAGGCAGAACUUGGGACAGCAGUAGAGGCACGCCAGAAGCUCGAAUCGCAGCAGCAGGAGAACACGACAGUCAAGAAGGAAUUCGACCUUCUCACUGAUGAUGCAAACAUCUACAAGCAGAUUGGCCCUGUGUUGCUGAAGCAGGAUAAGACUGAGGCACUCAUGUCGGUCAACGGUCGGCUGGAGUUCAUCGAGAAGGAGAUUAGGCGGUUCGAGACGCAAAUCAAGGGAAUCCAAGAGAAGAGCGAGAAGGCCAAGGUCGAGAUUAUUCAGAUUCAGAAUGCUGUGCAGCAACAACAAGCAUCGGCCUAG